AUGAUAAAAAAACCAAAGCCAACAACACGUCCAGUUCGUCGAAUAAAUUUAUCAUUACCAGUGAUUCAAACUGAUGCAUAUGAAAUUUAUUAUACAAUACCUCCAUCGCAUGCUCAACAAUCAUCAAUAAUACGUCCAAUAACACGUCGAAAACCUCUUAUUGAUAAUAAUAAUAAUAAUAAUAAUAAUAAUAACAAUAAUAAUAGCAACAAUAAUAAUGAUAAGUCGAAUAAUGAAGCAACAAGAAUUCAAUCUCCAGGUCGUCCUAAACAUCUUACUGGUCCAGUAUUAGUUAGUUUAUUUGUUGAAAUGCCUCCAAUACCGACAGAUUCAACAUCUACAAUCGCUGAUGCUAUAUCACAUGCAUUGAUUAAUUCUGGUUAUUCUGGACAAACAUUACGUGCUCUACCAACCAUAGCAAAACAAAAUAAACAUCCAAGUACAAAAAAUGAUGAUGCAAAAUCUCAAUCAUCAUCUGGUGAUAGACUUUUAUAUGAAUCACUUGUAUCAUUUGAUGAUGCUCGUAAAAAUAAAAGAAAAAAUAAAUCGUAUCAAAAUGUUCAUCAUCCACAAUUUACAACAGUUAAAGUUUUACAAACACGAAGAACAACAAAACGUAUAUUUGAUUCUAAUGAUAUGCAUUUAAAAUUACCAAAUAUAUUUUCAGUAGAAAAUCUCUUACACGAAUCAAUUAUAUCAUCUCGUCGACGUCUUCAUGAACAAGUUGAACAAUUAACAAAAAAUUAUUUUCCAACAAUACAACAACUUCGUCGUAGUCAUCCUUGUUCUGAAUUAACCAAUAAUCGAAUGCAUUUACAUCGUGAAGAAAAACGAGAUUUUGCUCCGGUAUCUUCUCGUUCACGUGUAGUUCGAUAA